CGACGAAUGUUCACAAUGGAGUAUCUAGCAAGUCAAGUGAAGGAGGCAUUUGGCUAGUGUCGACGAGGCGUGGUGGUUGGCACACAACGACGCGCCACGCACGGGCUUGUCACCGCAGCCAGCGACCUGGCAGCAAAAUUGAGCGGCGUGGAAAUUGCAAAAGCCACUGCGGUUGCCCGGCGCCUGGUCUUGUUUGCAUGUGAGGUAGAUGCAGGAAGGUUGCGACGGUGGUGCCGCAUUGACGAAUGGGUUGUGGGUAAAGUCUGCGUCGUCCUUCUUGGGGGUCAAGUACGACGAAGAUGUCGGCGUUGAGGCCGACUGGUGUUUGUCCUGGAGCGCGAUCGACAGCGGAGGCAAUGUGAAACGCAUAAGAGUCUCCGCGGGGGUCUUGAGGCUUGGCAUAUCCUUUCGCAAUGGCGACAUCGUAGCCACGUUUUGGUUGGUCUUGGCCAAAUUCUUGAGUUUAAUCUUUUCAAUCACAGACAGAGACAGGCGCGAGUUGGUUGGCCGCACCGACAUGGACGAGUCCAAAGGACGUUGCGACGCCGAUGAAGGCGAGUCGGAUUCUGUCGUGGACGAUGCAUCGUCGCUCGUGCUGCCGGAUGGUCGCAUCCACUUAGGGCCGCCUCCAUGGGCGCGGCACUUUCCUCCACCCUGGCUCGACUUAAUGCACCCAGUGACGACGCAUCGAACUCCGCCACCGUGCGCUUUGCAAAAUCGCUUGCUUUGGGCGCUCUUGUCACAUCCGUCGAAUUCGCACCGUUUGCCUCCGCCGUGACGAAUGCAGAAUCCACCGCCUUGAUCGCUGAGGUUGCAUCCGUCCAUGCCACAGCGUUUGCCGCCACCGUGUGCUUUGCACAGCCCACGCGAUCGAGCGCCGCUCGUGCAGGCAUGGACAAUGCACUUUUUCAGCUUCCGCUUCUUUUUGAGCCCAUCGACCGUUGUCGUGCCCGUUACGACGUGCGUGUGUCCGUGGGGCCGGCCGUACGUGUCUUCCAUGACUUUCACGAGGCUGUGGAAGUUGUGGGAACUGGUCGUCUCGUCCAUGAUGCAGCGAUGCUGUCGUCGUCGUGCGCCGUCCAGA